ACAAUUAUACUUUGAAAUUUAAGAAUUUAAAUUGCUCCCACUGAGGCAAAAUUCUGACUCCGCCCCUGUUUGACAGUCUAACUGAAGAUCUCUAUAGCCAUAGCCAAUCCCAUGGCCACAACACACUGCUUCAACAGUAGUUUCGCGGGAUUGGCCAUGGCUAUAGAGAUUUGCAGUUGUGAUUGUCACCACAAUGGAGAAUGCUGUAGGAGAUGACGUAUGCUCCACUGCCUUUGUUGCAUCCGGAGGUGCCUUUGUUGCUGUUGAAAGGGGCAUCGUUGUAGCAUGCUCCGCUGGAAAUCAGUGGCCUGAGCCGUGUUCUGUUGUUAAUACGGCACCAUGGAAAACCAAUGUCGGUGCAAGAUCCAUUGAACGCACUAUCCCAGUACAGGUCUUUGGUCACCCUUAGAGCUAAUAUCACUGGGAAGAUUGUUGUUUGCAGCAUCAUGACUGUAACUAUUGGGUUUCUGGUGCAGGCAGCCAGUGGUGUUGGAUUUAUCAAACUGAACACAUGUUUAAACUCAGCUUUUCAUUCAUUUAUCAGCAAAUAGCAUCUUUUGCUCCUUCUGUUCCUCCAACAUGACUGUCAUAUGAUACUAGGAGGGGGUCAGACUAUAAUAUCGAAUUUUUAUUUU